UUCCAAGUAACUGUAUUGAUUAAACGCAAAUCAAUGGCGAACUAGGUCCCAACUUGUGUUAGUUCGUUCUAUUCAACACCAAACAGUUUUCAAACAAACGCGCAUGAUUCAACAAGCACAUCGAAUAGCACUCUUUACAAUGAACGUUUUGGCAGUUCUACUUACUACAAUUGUUUUAAGCAAUUUAUUCUGUAGAUCAACUGUAUCUGCCAACGACAGCCUUCUUCAGAAUGCUUCAGAUAUUCUCGACUCACUUCUUAAUGGGUACGACAAGCGUCUUCGACCUUACUACGGGGAUAAAGCUAUUCCGGUUAACGUAACUAUGUACAUUUAUAAUAUUGGACCAGUUUCAGAAGCAAACAUGGAAUACACUCUAGACCUCUAUUUCCGCCAACAAUGGGAAGAUCCACGACUUGCAUUCGAUGGAUCUGUUAUAUCCGGACUUGCGUUGACCAAUGAAAUGGCGAAGAGAGUGUGGAUACCAGAUACGUACUUUAUAAAUGAAAACAAGGCCUCGUACCACAACGUGCUAACUGAAAACACACUUAUAAGUAUCACACCGACUGGCAACAUGCUGUACAGUACAAGGCUGACGAUUACUGCGAAUUGCCUUAUGGACUUGACGUAUUUCCCGAUGGACACUCAGCAUUGUACAUUAUGGCUCGAGAGUUAUGCCUACAGUAACCAGCACAUAAAGUACAAGUGGAAGGGAGGCAGUUCCGCCAUAUAUAUGGAUCCAACAAUCACGUUGUCUCAGUUCAACUUACUCGGCCACAAUGCAUUAGAAGAAGAGGCGCAGUAUUACGUUGGUAACUAUUCGCAGCUGGUUGGCCACGUGUACCUUGGUCGUUCGAUGUCUUACUAUGCCAUCCAGGUCUACAUCCCUGCCACCAUGAUCGUCAUCCUCUCCUGGGUCUCUUUCUGGAUAAAUCCUGCAGCCGUUCCAGCUCGAGUUGCACUUGGAAUCACUACCGUCCUGACAAUGACGACUCUGAUGAGCGGAGUUAACAACUCCCUGCCGAAGCUGUCGUACGUCAAGGCCAUUGACUACUACCUCGUAUUUUGCUACUUGAUGGUCUUCUCGGCGUUGUUAGAAUUUGCGAUGGUCAGCUACGGAUCAACGCCAGCGAAGAAACCGAAAGAGGAAAUUAAAGCGCCACCACACAAAGAACCAAGAUCCUCGUCACGAAUUAGCAACUAUAACGCAGAUGAGCGAAAAGUCAGUAACAAUACCAACUGGAGAGGAUCAGGCGUAGCCAAUGGUAGCUUUGUAGGGGAUAAUGGCUUGAACUCGGACCUUAACCACCCUCAAAAUGAGCACAGACGACCUAAGAGCGUCGAAGCUGCUGCUAAACAGCCGCCCGAAAACAAGUUCAGCAUUGCAAACGUGGACAAAUUAAGUCGAUUCAUCUUUCCUUUGAUUUUCAUUAUCUUUCUCUUUAUCUACUGGAUAUAUUAUCUGAACGUCACUGAAGUUGAUCUUGACUCGCUUAUUGCUUAGCUUGAGGACCAGGCUACAAUGGACCAUUCCGGGGUGUCAAUCAAACUUAAAAAACGCACAUGUUUACGCUAUCUUUCUGUCCGACCUUAGCAACGAUAUCCAAGGGGCGGAGCUUAGUGUAAAGGUCCAUUUUACUAGAGCUCUGUCCACACUAUCAAAUUUUCUAUGACAAAAAAACUUCUGAAUGCCCAUAUAUAGUCAUGAUGUGCCAAUAUAUAGUCAUGAUGUGCCUAUAUAUGGUCAUGAUGUGCCUAUAUAUGGUCAU